UUUUUGCCAGUAAGUUUCAUAUUCAGAUAAACGGAAUACACACACACACACAAAGACCGUACAGGCCUGGGUACUGCGUACGAGGCAAAUGUUACUAGCGGAGACAGGAAAACAGCAGCUGUGCACCAUUCUUGGACACAAAGUCCUCAAGAGUCACGAGGUUAGCGCAGGAUCUGUUUUUUCAUGCCUGGUUUUGCUGACUGCAGUCACUCAGUCAACGAUAAUAAUCAGAAUAAAAGUCCUCUCCUAAAGUUAGACUAGUUUUUAUGCUCAUCUAUGGCGAGGAAAAGCAAGUCAAAUAUGUCAGAGUUGUAUCUAGAAGACAACAAAGAUCAGAUAUACGAAAAUGCCCUUGCUGAGAUCCAGUCCUUUGAGCUGCCUCUGGGAACCACGCUAAGGUCUGUAUACGAUGACCAACCAAAUGCACACCAGAGGUUUAUGGAAAAACUAGAUGCCUGCAUACGUAACCAUGACAGGGAGAUAGAAAAGAUGUGCAAUUUUCACCACCAGGGCUUUGUGGAUGCUAUUACAGAACUUCUUAAAGUUAGGGCUGAUGCAGAAAAAUUGAAGGUCCAAGUUACUGAUACCAACCGAAGGCUUCAGGAUGCUGGGAAAGAGGUGAUAGCCCAAACAGAGGAAAUCAUCCGAUGCAGAGUUCAGCAGCGGAAUAUUACAACAGUCGUGGAAAAACUACAGUUGUGUCUUCCAGUGCUAGAAAUGUACAGCAAACUAAAAGAACAAAUGAAUGUAAAAAGGUAUUAUUCUGCUUUAAAAACAAUGGAACAGCUAGAAAAUCUGUAUCUUCCUAGAGUUAGCCAGUACCGGUUUUGCCAGAUAAUGAUAGAAAAUCUUCCAAAACUGCGUGAAGAAAUAAAAGAAAUUUCCAUGUCAGAUCUCAAGGAUUUCUUGGAGAGUAUUCGAAAGCAUUCUGACAAGAUUGGGGAGACUGCAAUGAAGCAGGCACAGCAGCAGAAAACCUUCAGUACCGCUCUUCAGAAACAGAAUAAUGUAAACUAUGGUCGGAAUAUGCAUCUAGGCAAAAGCAGAAUUUGGGAAUCCAAGAAUGAAAUGACAUUGAAGAGAACAUUUGAGGAAGAAGAUGAACAUGAAGAAGAGGUUUUAACUGCUCAAGAUCUUGUAGACUUUUCUCCGGUCUAUAGGUGCUUGCACAUCUACUCAGUUUUGGGUGAUGGAGAAAUAUUUGAAAAUUACUACAGAAAGCAAAGAAGGAAACAAGCAAGAUUAGUUCUGCAGCCGCAAUCAAGCAUGCAUGAAACAGUAGAAGGCUAUAGAAGAUACUUCAGUCAAAUUGUAGGUUUCUUUGUAGUAGAAGACCACAUCUUACAUGUAACCCAAGGAUUGGUGACUAGGACAUAUACCGAUGAACUCUGGAACAUGGCCCUUUCAAAGAUCAUUGCUGUCCUUAGAACCCAUUCAUCAUAUUGCAGUGAUCCUGACCUCGUUUUGGAACUGAAGAAUCUCAUUGUAGUGUUUGCUGAUACUUUGCAGGGUUAUGGUUUUCCUGUCAAUCGACUAUUUGAUCUUUUAUUUGAGAUAAGAGACCAGUACAAUGAAACAUUGCUUAAGAAGUGGUCUGGAUUGUUCAGGGAUAUUUUUGAAGCAGACAACUACAGCCCUAUUCCUGUAGCAAAUGAAGAGGAAUACAAAAUAGUUAUAAGCAAAUUUCCUUUUCAAGAUCCAGAACUUGAUAAGCAAUGCUUUCCAAAGAAACUCCCAAUGUCUCAGUCAGUGCCUCAGAUUUAUAUCCAGGUUAAGGAAUUUAUUUAUGCAAGCCUUAAGUUUUCAGAGUCACUUCACCGAAGCUCAACAGAAAUAGACGAUAUGCUCAGAAAAUCUACAAAUUUGCUGCUAACCAGAACUCUAAGUAGCUGUUUACAGAACCUAAUUAAAAAACCUCAUAUAGGUUUAACAGAGCUUGUUCAAAUCAUCAUAAACACAACACACCUAGAACAAGCCUGUAAAUACCUUGAGGAUUUUAUAACUAACAUUACAAGUGUUUCCCAAGUGACUGUUCAUACUGCGAGACUUUAUGGACUUUCUACGUUUAAGGAUGCAAGGCAUGGUGCAGAAGGAGAAAUAUACACAAAACUUAACCAAAAAAUAGAUGAAUUUAUUCAGAUUGCUGACUAUGACUGGACAAUGUCUGAAUCAGAUGGAAGAGCCAGUGGAUACUUAAUGGACCUUAUUAACUUUUUAAGAAGCACAUUUCAAGUGUUUACUCAUUUGCCUGGAAAAGUGGCCCAGACAGCUUGCAUGUCAGCCUGCCAGCAUCUUUCAACAUCCCUAAUGCAGAUGCUACUGGACAGUGAAUUAAAACAAAUAAGCAUGGGAGCAAUUCAGCAGUUUAAUUUAGAUGUGAUACAGUGUGAAUUGUUUGCUAGUUCUGAGCCUGUGCCAGGAUUCCAGGGAGACACCCUGCAGUUAGCUUUCAUCGACCUCAGACAAACCUAUUUAAAUGGCAGAUUUUUUUCCUUCUCAAAUUAUGUUUCUAAUGUGUCCGUGUCGUUUGGCUUUUGUUUUUCCCCCUCCAGCAUGAAAGACACUAGCAAAAAGAACAACAUUUUUGCUCAGUUCAGGAAGAAUGAUCGGGACAAGCAGAAGCUAAUAGAGACCGUAGUGAAGCAACUUAGGAGUUUAGUGAAUGGUAUGUCCCAGCACACAUAGGUCUGUUAAAUCAACUCCUAUCUCAUCAUGCCGAGAGGUAUUUCUUAGCCACUAUUUCUACUAAGCAAACCGUGGUAUUGGUUAGGACGUUUGUUUGAGCGAGUAAAGGAAGAUAAAUGCAAAAGAUGGCUUGUACAUGGUGUCUUCAGUAAACAAUUCUUUGUAUGUAUUUUUAAUGGAUCGAAUACUAUUUUAUAUAUUGUAAACCACUGGUGAAAAAUGGGACUGUACAAUAAAAACCAGAUCAAUCAUAUUGUACAUGGAACAACUGAACUGUAAAUACAUUAUUUAAAUGUGUGUAGACUUGAUGUCCAAAAUCUUGCUCUGGCUAGGAAUUCUUUGAGAAAUGAUCUCUUAGUUGAUGUUUUCUGGAUAAAUCCUAAGUUAAUAUUUUUUAAACGUCGAGAUAUUUGCAUUUCAGAUGCUGCCUGUCGUUUUCCUGCAUUAAAUGUAUAUUAGCCUUAAAGUGAUUGAACAUAAUUUUUGUAUACCAGAUUUUGUAGUCAGGAGGUAUGAAAAAAGUCUUCUGAUUUUUGAAAACUACCUGAGAACUAGACUUGGUAUUUAUUCAGCAUUAGCGCUUAUAGGCUUUGUUCUCCAAAAGGAUUUAAUCUUGAGUUUGUGAAUGUAAAUAACCCUUUGAGUUCUUUAUAAUGUGACUUUUUUUUUGUUUCUGUUCCUCAGGGUUACUAUUUCUAACUGUACUUUUUGUAAGAGUCUUUCCCCUAGACUGCAGUAAGGGGUAGAUUUGCCACUGUUGGUUUCGUGCCGCAUCUUUUGGUCAGUACGCGCUUUCGGCAGCCAGACCCAUCCCAGCGCUUAGCGUUGCGUCCCGCCGCCGCUCUCUUUGCACUGUCCCCUCCUGGCUAUUUUAGACACAAAGAGAUUGUCUAACGAGUGCAAACCAAACAGAACGUGUAAAAAACAAAACAAAAACAAAAACCCCUCGCACAUCUCGCUGUAUUUUUAAGUUAUUGACGGUCUCAAUACAGUAAUAUAAACCCUA